UAAUAUCACUCACUCGUCAUCUUAGUGUGUUUUCAAUAGAUCAUUCUUCUUCUUCUGUAAUUGUGAGAUAUGAGCUUGCUUGAUCAGCUCUGGGACGAUACUCUCGCCGGACCUCGGCCGGAUAAAGGCCUCGGAAAGCUGCGUAAACAGUCUACUUUUAGUUUCCGGUCAUCGGACUCCGGCAAGGAAUCGGCACCGGUGACGAAUUCACCGGCAGCAGAGGAUCCUGCUAUGAGAGUAACACGGAGUAUAAUGAUUGUGAAACCUGAACGAACCAACGGCGAAACGCCACCGGCAUCGCCGGCCGGAUCUACACCUCCGGUGUCUCCUUUCCCCGGAGGCAGAUCGGAGGCAUUUAGGUUUCGUAGGAAAUCUACGUCAGACGCUUACGGGAAGGCAAGCGGGAUUGGAAGCCGGAGCCCUCGUGCUACUUACGACGUGUGAAAUGUGAUCGGAUCGAGUGUUUGGAGUUCGGUUUUGGUUAGGAGCCUCUACUAUAAGCAUGUGUUGAGGGAGAGUGGGUGUGUUUUUAUGUAUAUAGUUCAUGUAAAUAUGUGUGUGUUGUGUAAUAUCUAUGGUAUGGAGUUUGGUGAAGUAGUUAUAGGGUGCUUUCUUUUUCUUGUGUUACGAGAAACCUUUGUAUGCUUCUAGGGCUUACUUUGCUUUGUUAAGAAAACUCGUGGCUUGUCACGUUUGAAUCCGGUUUUGGUUUUCUUA